GCAAUAUCUUUCAAAAUGAAACAAUUUAAAAUAAUAGGUAAAAUUAUAAACAAAUGGCAAAAGCCACAACGAUCAAAGAAGCUCUAACAAAAUGGGAAGAACGUACCAUGGAAGACUCGACAAAAGCCGUUGACAUUGGUUUACAAUUUCAAUGGCCGCCAAUUGAGAAAAUGGAUGGAACUUUAAAUACCUUAUUAGAAUGUCGUAAACUGAGUCUGUCAUCGAAUAUGAUUGAGAAAAUUACUGGAAUUGGUAAUUUGAAGAAUCUACGCAUACUCUCAUUGGCCCGUAAUAAUUUAAAGGCUAUUAAUGGCAUUGAACCAUUAGCCGAUACAUUGGAAGAACUUUGGGUUAGCUAUAAUGCCAUAGAGAAAAUUAAACCGAUUGAAGUUGUGAAGGCUUUAAAGGUGUUCUAUAUAUCGAACAACUCUAUUAAGGAUUGGGCUGAAUUCAAUCGUAUGGGUGCUGCCCCAAAAUUGGAAGAGAUUUCAUUUGUUGGCAAUCCAUUGCAUGAAUCAAUGGAAGAGAGCACCUUUCGCAGUGAGGCAAUACGACGUUUACCAAAUCUUAAGAAAUUGGAUGGCGACCCAGUUAUAAGAGGAGAUUAAGCUAAUUUUAUUUUCCAGUUUUUAAUUGUACAUUAAAACAACAUUAUUUGGUCUUAAAAAUUAAUCUAUAUUUUUAA